AUGGCAAAGCGCGGGAAGAGUGAGAAAGUCCAAAAGUCCAAGAAGCUUAAGGUCUCUGAACCUGGCACUCAGUCGAAAAGUCUCGCCAAAACAAACACCUUAGAAUCGCCUAAGGCGAAGUAUUUAACUGCCUCAGACAUCUCCAGACUAGUCAAGGAUGUAACUGAAAAAUCGGCUUACAACAGCAUUGUGACCUUACUUGAAGAAUUGAGGAAGUGUAUCGAGCAUCUCCGCAAGUCUGAAGAUGUGGCAGUGGAAGAAAAUGCUCGUUUGAUAGCUGUCUCACUAUUCAAGUGUUUCGAGGCUCUAUUCUCGGGCCAAGCUAUGGCUUUGGAACUGAAAGAUGAGAAAAAACAGUUGGUCGCACGUUGGUUGCAUACCAAAUACGCUUCAUUCAUCGCAAUCUUGGCUGAGUUGAUUCAACACAAUUUAGCCUUCGAACUGUCUUUGCAAAUUGAUGCUCUUGAAAUUUACUUGAAGAUCGUUCACAUGGAAGCUAAGAAGACUGGUGAGUUUCCUGUUGUCACAUACAGAAAUUUGGUAAAACUGCUCCUUCUUAGCGAGAUUGGAAGCAGCUUGUCUGAUGAAAGUACAGACAAUUUCCUCCUCGUUCAGUUCGCGGAAUCGUUCUCUCAAUACUGGGACUUGCAGACAUACUUCUUCAGUAAUGAUCUCGCAGAAGAACUAGAUGAAUGUGCUGAAAAGCAAGCUCUCCCUUCUAUGCUCUUCCCCAACUACUUCACCUUGAUUAGAUCCGGUCUCUUGUACACAACCAAUGAUGACGAGUUGAGGUCGCUUCCCAAUUGGGUUCCAAUUGAGCUUCCUGACUCUGCUUACAAGUUCAAUAUCAAAACAAGAUAUCAAAAAUGUCUCUUGACUGUUUUGAAGAAUACUGAACUCUCUGCAUCGCAAUACAAGGCUCUUUUGAGCAUUCUACACAAACGAAUUAUCCCAUUUAUGGCUGUCCCUGCUGGACUCAUGGACUUCCUUACUGAUGCAUACGACCAACAAGAUGAUGACGUUGUACCCAUCUUGGCUCUCAAUUCCUUGUGGGAGCUAAUGAAAAAUCACAAUCUAGAAUACCCGGAUUUCUACACAAAGCUUUACUCCCUUCUCACGCCUACCCUUUUGUUUACUAGAUACAGAUCUCGUUUCUUCCGUUUGUGUGACUUAUUUCUUAGUUCCACGCAUUUAUCGGCAAACUUAAUAGCCUCGUUCAUCAAAAGAUUAGCCAGACUAGCAUUGACAGGUUCAGCUCCUGGUGUGGUAAUUGUCAUUCCUCUCAUCUACAAUUUGUUGAAGAGGCAUCCAUCUUGUAUGGUAUUGCUUCACAACCCUGAUGCUACUUCCGGAUACGUUGACACUUUCAACAAUUCAGAGACUGACCCGUUAAAAACAGGUGCUAUGGGUUCUUCGUUGUGGGAGAUGGAAACUUUGAUGAGCCAUUAUCAUCCAAAUAUUGCUACAUUAGCGAAGAUUUUUGGAGAACCGUUCAGGAAGCCAAGUUACAACAUGGAGGAUUUCUUAGAUUGGAGUUACAUGACCUUGAUGGAAAGUGAGAAAACUAGGCGUUACAGGGGCUUGGCGUCUUUGGAGUUUGAGGAGUAUGACAGCUUGUUUGCAGUUGGAGAGGGAAAAGCAUUUGUGGGUGGAUGGCUGUUGUAA